UCAAUCCAGACCCUAAAACCUCAGGCUCACUCUCUCUCUAGCUCGCUCUCCGGCGGUUCCGCCGAAUUGUUUCAGCAUUCCCUCCGGCUUCAAUCAAUGGCCGAGAAUCUAAUCGUUCUCUCCGACGAAGACGCCGACUAUCCGAGUACUCCAAUUUCAUCCCGCCCCAAGAGGCUCCGCGCCACUCGAGCGGAGCUCGGGCUCGACCCAGCUCCUACCAUCUUCCUCAUGGACGAUGAUCCUUCUCCGUUAAAGCCGACGCCGAGUUCCUCAUAUGCUGCCACUGUUGUCCCAGAAACUCCGAUGUCUGAUGUGGCCGCCGCUGGCAGAUGCACGGUGGGCCUUUCGGCUCCCGAAAUUAGGGUUCCUGAUUUCGGCAGUAAGACUUGUGGAAAUGGCGGAGUGACGCGCUUGGAGCCAAAACGUUUCGAGUCGGUAGGUUGCUCUGGAAUUGGAAAUUGGUGGGAGAGUGAGACUGUGCAAAUUGACGAUGACGAUGAGGCCGUAUGGAGGGCUAGGUUCUCUGCAUCUGUUUAUUCUCUU